AUGUUGCCUUUCAUUGGCUAUACUUUUUGAGAGUCGUGCGUAAUUGGUUAUUUCUCAGAGUGCGGGAGACAUACCAGGAUGUACCGGAGAAAACCUUGCUUUUGGUGUUGUUAAUGGUUUCCUUGUGUUUAUCUAGUCACGUUCACGUUUCUGGAACAGUCUCUACGCGGGAUUCUUAGCUGCUGGCGUUACUUUAACACGCUCGGUGCUCAAAACCACCUAAACGGUUCACCUGGGGCCGUUUAUGAAGAAGCUAGUUUGUGUGAGCUAACGCACAGCAGAUAAACUGUUGUUGUUGGUGAAACGGAGUAAACAUUCAGUCAAACAUCACCAGCCUUUACCCUUUAAUUUAGCGCGGGCUAAGCGGUUAGCAUUAGCAUCUGUCACCACAGGCAACUCGCGGCUGGAGUCGAGACUCCUGUGACUGUGAGUGACUGUCAUGGACGCGCUCGGCUCGUUAGCUUAGCCGCCGGUUUUGUGGGGGAAAGCUGUGUUUUGGCUGCCGGUGCAAUGGUGUGACAGCGCUCCGGGGUCCAUGGCUCCGAACAAGCGGACGCGGCGGGAGGACGCGCCGCUGCAGCUGCUCUGCGAGUGGGGCUCCUGUGAGGAGUCCUUCGGCAGGAUGCAGGACUUCUGCCAACAUGUGGACGAGCACCUGAGGACCCUGCAGCUGGACGAGGAGCCCGACUCUCUGGCGGAGGAGCAGAGCUGCCUGUGGCGGGAGUGUGGCUUCUGUGCGGUCGAGAGCCCCGGGGAGCUGCUGCGGCACGUCUACUUCCACUGCUACCAUACCAAGCUGAAGCAGUGGGGCCAGGCUGUGCUGCAGAGCCAACCCGAUCUGGGCUCCUGUGCCCUGGGCCCGCAGAACCGCAACGUCGUGCCUGACAUCAGCGACAACUUCGUCUGUCAGUGGGAGCAUUGUGAGACUUCCCUGGAGAACCCAGAGUGGUUUUAUCGACAUGUGGAAAUGCACGGCCUGUGCACGGAGAUGAAGUCCAACGGCAGAGAAGAAAGUGCGCUUCACUGCGGCUGGAAGGACUGCGAGGCGACUUUCAAAGGUCGGUUCAAGUUGCGAGAGCACCUGCGCAGUCAUACGCAGGAGAAGGUUGUGGCCUGUCCCAUCUGUGGGGGCAUGUUUGCUAACAACACCAAAUUCUUUGACCACAUCCGCCGCCAGACUGCUAUUGAGGGCCAAAGGUUUCAGUGCUCUCAUUGCUCCAAGCGGUUUGCUACAGAGAGGCUACUACGGGAUCACAUGAGGAAUCAUGUCAACCAUUACAAGUGCCCCCUGUGUGACAUGACGUGCCCCUCGCCCUCCUCCCUGCGGAAUCACAUCAAGUUCCGCCACAGCAAUGAGAAACCGUACCGAUGUGAAUACUGCGAAUACAGCUGUAAGAACCUGAUUGACUUGCGAAAACACCUGGACACACACAGCAGUGAGCCUGCCUACCGAUGUGAUUUCUCCGACUGCGACUACUCAACCCGCUCCCUCCACUCUAUCAAGUCCCACUAUAAGAAGGUUCAUGAGGGGGACUUCAUGCCACGCUACAAAUGCCAUGUGUGUGAACAGUGCUUCACCAGGGGCAACAAUCUGACCUCACACCUCCGCAAGAAACAUCAGUUCAAGUGGCCCUCAGGGCACCCACGCUUUAGGUACAAGGAACACGAAGAUGGAUUCAUGCGGCUACAGUUGAUUCGAUACGAAAGUGUGGAACUGACAGAGCAGCUGAUGAAGGAGAGGCAAGAGGCCCGGGACAGGAAUCCAGAAGGGGAGGAGAUCCAGCCAGAGGCCCUGACGCAAGGAGUAGCAGAAGGUGGAGCAGAGGAGGGUACUGAGGGGCUCAGGGGCAUCUUGAUUGACAGCGGACAGGCUGGCGGGAGUGACUCUGGGGCUGUUGUCAGUCCAGCUCUCCAUGUGAAUGAGCAGGGCAGCGACGUCUUCUACAUGCUGACAGAUGGCUCCCCAGAAGCAACCGGUCCCCAGGUGGCCUCCGAGGUCAGGGAGGAUAGCGUCAUGUUGCAGCUGCAAGACACGGCCCAGCAGUUGGGCAUGGAGGUGGUGUAGGUGUCCACGCUCUGUGCUCAGUGUUUUCCUGCCACCAUCUGACUGUUAUACAUAGUUUAAGGGAGAACUGAAACUGCACCAGAGUGUAAAACACCCCUGCUUGCAGAUGUGAGACUUCUGAAGGCCAGACAAACUUUCUGAAAUUUGGUACAAACCUUCCUCUUGGUUGCAUUUAAUUUAUGAAAUGGCCUACAAAAUGUAAUUUCUUCACUUUCGCAGUUCACCGUAACAGUUUGGUGUGUUAAAUGGGACAUCUGGCCUGCAUUCACUGGCAAAGGAUGGAGGUCUAAUUUUACUUCCGAAAAUAACAUUCAUAUUUAUACAGGCUGUUGGACCUAAUUGGUGAUAUUCACCAUCAAUCUCUGUUACUAUUUUGUACAAUUUGCCUUUUCUGUGUACAAGAGUGCUAUUUAUGACACAUUUGUAUUCACUCAGAUGUGUAACAUUCCAACACUCUGCGUUUGCCUAUCAUUACAAGGUGCUGAGGCCUUUAAAUUCUGAAACAUCUCAUUCUCGUGGUUUAGGAAACAAAACAUUUCUUCAUCAAUCCAGGAAAGCCUGUACUUUUUAGGGUUAACGGAAGCUGAUUAGCCGGCUUACGUCCAAUGCUAAACUUCUGAAAGAACAGUUUUUUUCAGGUGGUUGUGGAGUUCUUUGCUUGCUGUUAGGUUUCACUGCAGCUUCUGCAUCCCUUCGUACGUAUUUGGUACAGCACUGGCCGUUUUUCUCCACCAGGGGGCAGCAGGCUUUUUUUUGCAGUAGGCCUGGAUCACUUUGAAGUGCAUGAAUAGUGUUUCACUAGAUUGGAAAGCUAGGAACAGUAUGAGGCCGGACAUCCCCCUGAGAAGCUUUUAGCUUUUGAUACACACACUGUCCAUGUGUAAAACCUUUGAGCAAUUUUCUGAUUUUGACAUAAUCUGGAAGGCCUUCCGUUGCAUAAGUAAAGAGGACAGGAAAUAAUUUUGGUGCCUUUACACUCUUAUGUCCCGUCCUGUCCCCCCCUCACAGAGGCCAGCAAAUAAAGUUCACCCUUUGCUUGUCACUGUCCUGAAUCCAGGCUCAUGUUCAUUUUGAAUGAAUGCAAGGGUGUGAGACACAUUGUCAUCUAGUGUGUAUUUUUUUUAAAAAUUAUUUUAAAGUUAGUGUAGCAUCUGACAUACACUUGGUGUUUCUCUUUCAUUCUGUCUUUUCGUAAUAAAUUAUAGCUU